AUGGCAGAAAAAAUAGAACCGGAAAACAACACGAUAGUGAACAUUAGCAAUUUUGGUGUCAACAUGACUGAGGGAAGACUGCUCAAAAUGUUCGAAAAAUACGGCGCGAUCUCGAGUUAUGGAAUCAUGCACGACGACGAGCCUUGCCGCCGUUUCGCGUAUGUCGCUUUUGAAGAUUCAGACGCCGCCGAUGAAUCUGUGAUCGAGCUCAAUGGCCAACUUUUUGAUGACAAUAGAAGAUUGAGAGUGAGAAGGAAACGACGAAAUGAAGGACGCAUCAAAGUAACUAGUUGGAGCGGUAAAGGAUGUUCAAUAAAGAACAACGACGUGGCCGAGGCGGGGAACGACGUAGCGGCCGGCCCAUCAAAUGUGACUAACCCACCGGCGAAUCCUGAAAAUUGGUCUGAAAAUACAGGAUUCUGUCUACACAUAGCGAAUCUAGAUCGAACGAUCGAUGAUCGUCAACUGAGAACCGAAUUCGAAGAAUUCGGGCCACUGCGCGAAGUGAAAAUAAUUAAGGAACAGCAGCUUCGAGUUGUUUUAAGCAAAGGAUACGCGUUCGUUACGUUCGUUCACGAAAAUGAUGCAAGAAGAGCUAUCGAGGAGAAAAAUAAUCGUGCAAUCGGCCGACAAAUCGUUCGUGUCAGCAUUUCGCGUGGAAAAAAAAAGACGUCUUUCAAAGAGCCUCCCAAAGCUUUCGACCCACGACGUCAACCUGUAAAUUACGAUCGCGCCAUUUCCAACUUGCUCAAGGAUUGGUGUGGGAGUUCCAGGCACUUGGAUGAUUUUUCUGAUCUCAUCUAA